ACUCUCUCUCUCUCUCGCUGCUUUGCUUGCUUCCCCCACCCCCAGUCAGCUGAGCCUCCGCCGACCUCGACGAAGUGGCGGCAGAACACGCGCAGUUGCUGAGUUACGGCACACACCGCAGCAGUGCACACCACAUCCACACACGCGCCUGGCGGUGGAGUGACAACUGACAGGCAUCGGGUUGCUUCCGGCGGUGGCCAUUGCCAACCCCGCCCCAUCUCCUUCGUCAUGCGUACAAGACAUCCCCACAUCGCCGCUCCUCCACCUCCUCCUCGCCUGACGUCAUCCCCGCACCGGCACUGCACCACAAAUCCAUCCCCCCUCCCCUCCCGGCCCCUGCAUUGCAUCCAUUCUUCUUGCUUCCCCGAAACCUCGCGCUUGGUCUGACCUGACGCAACGCGUCCUCGAUCCCUGAGAUAAAGCUCGCGGCAUUCGCUUGUUCCGCCAAAUUCAGUCCCUUGAAUUUCCUGAGCUGUCGAAGUUUUUCUUCUGGUUCGAUUCUUCGGAGACCCCCUGGCAUUUGUGGGUUCCGCCAUUGCUCGCUGGUUUGAUCCGUCCUAGUUGCCGAAGCGCCUGUUGAUUUGGUUCUAAAAUACAUCGUUCGUCCUUCCAAGUUCAAAAGGGGGGAAAAGGCUCUUCUUUUUUUGGAUCCUGAUUUGAGUGUGUCACCUUUGCUUCCGGCAAUGGGGAACAACAGCAGCAGCGGCGGCGGCAACAGGCGUCCGGAGCACUCGGAGUCGGCGCUGCCGCCCGAGGCGUCGCCGGCGGAAGAGCUGAGCUCUUAUGAGGCAGCGUGCCGGUCGGACCCGGAGCUGCGCACGUUCGACACGACGCUGCAGCGGCGCACCAGCCGCGCCAUCUCGACGCUGGCGGUGGGCGUCGAGGUGCGGUCGAUGUCGCUGGACUCGCUCCGAGAGGUCACCGGCUGCCUCCUCGACAUGAACCAGGAGGUGGUGCGCGUCAUCCUCGACUGCAAGAAGGACAUCUGGAAGAGCCCCGAGCUGUUCGACCUCGUCGAGGAUUACUUCGAGAGCAGCCUCCAGACCCUCGAUUUCUGCACCGCACUCGACAAGUGCCUCAAGCGAGCCCGCGACUCCCAGCUUCUCCUCCACGUCGCGCUCCAGCGCUUCGACGACGAGGAAGGCAGCGACGCCGCCGCCGCCGCUCCCUCCGCCCGGUACGCGCGCACGCUGCACGAGCUGCGCCAGUUCAAGGCGGCCGGGGAUCCCUUCACGGACGAGUUCUUCGCCGCCUUCCAGGCCGUUUACCGGCAGCAGCUGGCCAUGCUGGAGAAGCUGCAGCAGCGCAAGCACCGGCUCGACAAGAAGGUCAAGACCAUCAAGGCGUGGCGCCGGGUGUCAAGCAUCAUCUUCGCGACCACGUUCGCGGCCGUGCUCAUCUGCUCGGUGGUUGCCGCGGCCAUCGCUGCCCCGCCUGUCGCUGCGGCAUUGGCCGCGGCCGCUGCAGUCCCGCUGGGAUCUAUGGGGAAGUGGAUAGAUUCUUUGCUGAAAGGGUAUCAGGACGCGCUCCGUGGACAGAAGGAGGUGGUGAGCGCAAUGCAGGUUGGCACGUUCAUUGCCAUCAAGGAUUUGGACAGUAUCAGAGUCCUCAUCAACCGGGUGGAGGUGGAGAUCAGCUCAAUGGUAGACUGUGUAGAGUUUGCGGAGCGGGAUGAGGAGGCGGUGAAAUUUGGGGUGGAGGAGAUCAAGAAGAAGCUGGAAAACUUUAUGAAGAGUGUCGAAGAUCUUGGGGAACAAGCAGACCGGUGUAGCCGGGAUAUCCGUCGGGCAAGGACGGUCGUGCUGCAAAGGAUCAUCCGGCAUCCAAACUGAAAAAUAAGGGGAAAUGGAUCCAGUGAUAGCGAUGCGCAAGAAAGAGUCUGUGGCUGAGACGAGCAAGCAAACACCACCAUUGCCCAAAAGCAACAAAUAAUGGUCGUGGUCUUAUGUGAAGAAGAAUUUUUCUAGUUGUCCACUGUCCAAGUCUCUACUGUUUAUGGUUAAGGUCACUGGAAGAGUUGUUAUUUUCUGGUUACCAUUCCAUUCUUUAUAUGGGUUACUUAGAUUGGGUGAGAUGGAGUGAGUUUAAUUCUCAACCAAAUCAGAAUCUUUCAUAAUUUUUUUCAAUAUCAUUCAAUCCAUAUAACCGAACAAGGCUUUUAAGGAGUAAAGGUGUUUACUUAUAUCCCGGUAUGUCUCUGUUAGAAUACCCGUUUAGGGUUUGAGGUCUUCCCCGUGUAAUGACCAUCUCACCCCUCUGUAAUGUGUCUGGUCCAGUUUACUCAGCCUAUUAAUAUAUCACCCAACCCCUGUUAGGGUUAGGGUUUUCAUUC